CAGAAAGAGAGUUGUCGUAUCGUGGUUGAUCUUAUUUAUUUACUUUCUAAUAUUAGUUCUUUGUUAUGUUGUUUGUGUAAUUAAUUAACAAUUUUAAUCUCAAUUUUUAAUAAAAAUGGCUGGUAGUAGCACAACUCCCCCAACAGGUGUUAUUAGGAGCAGUGCAUUAUCUUUUGUUGCGUCUGCGCAGCCUCCUAUAAAUGAUAAUCCGGUGGAUUCCUCCCUCGUUACGGGCCCUUCCCAAACGAGUAAUGAACAGAUGAUGGCAGCAGAAAGGCUAGUGCCUGCCGGUCUUAAGGCUUUAUGUGAUGCUUACUCAAGACUGUAUCCUGAACAGCCUAAUCCAUUACAAGUUACCACUAGACUAAAAUAUUGGCUAGGAGGUCAGGAUCCUCUGGACUACAUCAGCAUGUACUGGAACCCUGGCAAGUCUGAAGAGAAUAUACCACCUCAUUGGCAUUAUGUAAGUUUUGGUCUAUCGGACUUGCAUGGUGAUGGGCGUGUGCAUCCAGAAGGCGGGUUGGAGUCAGGCUAUGGACUUGAGCUUACCCUGCGGCUGGAGGCGGCGGGCCCUGCGCCCCUCUGGCCUGCCACGCUGCUGCAGGCACUUGCAAGAUAUGUUUUCACUACAGGUAACAAGUUCUGUGCUGGCGACCACAUAUCGUGGCAUGCACCAUUGGAUGGGGACUCUGAGUCCAGGGUGCGACAUUUGCUGGUCGCUGAAGACCCCCAGUUACCAGCUAUUGAUACACCACAUGGGACUGUUAAGUUUAUACAGAUGGUGGGAUGUACGGGCCGGGAACUGAAAGCAGCACAGAGAGGUUCCGGAUUUGAUGUACUCAAGCUUAUAGCUGAAGAUCCAAGAUGUGGUGGGUCUUGGCUUGUGACACGCGCACGCAGGGCGUCUGCUCGGAAAGUGCGGAGCGCCCGCACCGGCACUGCGCCUGCGCUGCUCGCUGGAGUCUCCGCUAGGGUCAAAUGGCUUCCAUAUACAACGGACACAGAGGAGUCCGCUUCACCUCAACUCAGCCCCACAGUGGAACAGCAGAUUAAGGAGACAUUACAGCGAGGACUGAACUGCAUGGGCUCCACUGAGAGAACUGUACCCGAAGGUCACAACAUGUCGACGGAUAGUUUCGAGAUGUCCAGUAUAGAGAGAGCUUUGCCACAAAUACCGGAGUUAAUGCAGGGAUCAUGGCGGUGUGAAGACACCGUGGAGUACUUUCAAGGUGUGCAUGUUGUGAUGAACGCGGAGGGCGCCAGUCUGCUGCCCCUCGCCAUAGAUGGUCGCAUAUCUCACGGACGUCACUUCACAUGGCGCUGCGGCCCGCGAGCCCUCACCUUCGUGACGGGCGGAGUCUCAGGAGCCCUGCCUACUAUCACCAGACCGUACGCACAACGAGGACCUUGGCUACAGUUGUUGAUACCACCGGAAUUAGCUCGGGACAUGUCACCCCAGUUAGUACCACUUUCUCGACUCGCGGACACCGACUCGGAGUCAGAGGAUGAGGGCGAAGCGCCCGCGCCACCGCCCGCCCUGCCACUCACACUGUCGUGGCCGAAAUACAAACUGAAGAUCACCGUUGUACCUGAUUGUGAAUUUGUUGCGUGAUGCAAUAAAAACUUUUAUACUAAAUACAUAGUCAAAGAUUUUUUUUGUAUUUUUGUUUAAAAACAACUGUGCAUUUUUUUUGGAAAUUUAUUGAAUUUUUAAUUUUUUCUUGUUUUCUAUGCAUCUCUCUUUUCCCUUACCCUAAAUUUAAAAAUAUAAAUGUCAAAAAUGACAAUCACUUGACGAAUGGAUCAAUGUGAAUUUAUAGUGUCACCAACUUAUCUGUGAACUGACGGGUGUCGCGGGCGUCGUUUCAGUGUUGCUAAUUAAUUCCAAUGUGCACAAAAGUCGGGAAAGUCGACACAUUUUUAUUUAUAUGAUAUAGUUUGUAUUUACGAUAAACUGCUAAGACAUAGGGAUUCCAUCUAAAAUAUACCAAUAUAGGAUAGGAGCCUGCAGCCGAGCUUCUUCUUCAAAAAAUGAUUUCACCUUUAGAAUAAUACUACAUGCAUCACUCUCUAUAGCUUUCGGCAAAUUUAACGCUUAUAAUUCAGAAUUAUCGCAAUAAAACACACGAAAGUAGUAGACACCCACAGUCGAAUGACAAUUCAACUUGUCACCGUAGUUCUUAUUUUUGCCAUUUCACAGAUAAGUUGGUAACUAUAACUUUAUACAUCACUUUUUAGACAUAAUUCAAGCGAUGUGUUUGGAAACUUAGUUGUUGGGAACACAACAUUAAAUACGAUGUAAUAUAACAUGUUUUUAGUACUUUAUAUCAUAAAG